GCGGCUACCUUCACCCUUUUGCUUCCUUACCGUAAUUAUACGUUUUUCGUCUCUCAUCUGCAAGUGGGUAUUUGUUUAUUUCAGUCAAUCGCCAUCCUCGAUACUUCCUAUUCAUCCCAUCCUUUAACAGGACGAUGAGGAUCUGAACUCUUGUUCAUUUGACCCUUUGAUUUUUCGUUAUAACUUGGGCGGUUGUAUCGAUUCGAGAUUUGUCUUCCUUCGUGUUGGGGUUCGGGAUUUCUCGUCUUUGAUGAUCAUCGAUUCUUUUCUCCAUUAAUGGUUUUUGACCUCGAAAUUGGCACUGUUCGAAGUUAUCUGUUCAUCAGUUUCUUGGGUUCUUUGGGGGUUACUGUUACGCAAUCGAUUAGCGGUUCUUCGCAUGGAUUGGUGUUCUUUUGAUUCUUAUAUGCUUUAUGAUUAAAGGGUUUGAAUCUUGUUUAUUGCUUUUGUCGGUGGAUUUUGGAAAAUUCGUGGUAUUAGAAACUUUCUGGUGGGGGAAAUUUGGGGCUAGUUGUUGUAGUGGGUGGGUGGGAUUUUGGUUUAAAUUCACGGGAGAAAUGGUUUGUCACAAGAAAGUGUGUUGAAGCCUCGAGGGUAAAGCUUAAAUUUCUCAUCUGCUUCUGAGAUAUUGCAAAUUUCUGUUCAUCCUCUUAGUUAUUUCAAUUAGUUUGCUGUUCUUCAGCGUUGUUCAUCCUUUUAGAGAAGGGAAGGGGAGCAAAAAAAGAGAGAGUGAGAGAUUUGUAUUUGUUUUUGCUUUAUUAAUUUCCUCGUUGUGUUUUUGGAAUGGAUCAUUCUGGGGCGGCCAGUAACCAGAAACCAGCAGUUGAAGUUGCCAAAGACAAGAAUGGUGUGGACCAAGUGCUGCUUAGGAACUCUCGUGGAGCUUCAGCAAGGGUUAGCUUGCAUGGAGGCCAAGUUCUUUCAUGGAAAACUGAAAAAGGUGAAGAAUUAUUGUUUACCAGUACUAAGGCAGUUUUCAAGCCACCAAAAGCUGUGAGAGGAGGAAUUCCAAUCUGUUUUCCGCAGUUUGGGGCUCGUGGAAACCUCGAGCAGCACGGGUUUGCUCGAAACAAGAUUUGGAAAAUCGACGAUAACCCUCCUCCUCUUACUCGUGGCGAAAUCAAAGACAAAUCCUGCAUCGAUUUGCUUCUUAAACCGUCUGAAGACGAUCUGAAAAUAUGGCCACAUAGUUUUGAAUUCAGACUCAAGAUCUGUUUGACAGCAGAUGGCAAUCUCACUUUAAUAUCACGAAUUCGUAAUAUCAAUUGCAAGCCUUUCAGUUUCUCCAUUGCAUUCCACACAUAUUUCUCCAUUUCUGAUAUCAGUGAGGUAAGGGUCGAGGGGCUUGAGAUUCUCGACUAUCUCGACAACUUAUGCGAUAAACAACGGUUCACCGAGCAAGGAGACGCCUUAACGUUUGAAUCCGAGAUCGAUCGGGUUUAUCUUAGUUCUUCAGAUCUCGUCGCCGUGCUUGAUCAUGAACGAAAACGCACAUUUGUUAUAAGAAAGGAAGGACUUCCAGAUGUUGUGGUGUGGAAUCCAUGGGAGAAGAAAUCGAAAUCCAUCGUCGAUCUCGGGGACGAAGACUACAAACAAAUGCUAUGUGUUGAUGGAGCUGCAAUUGAGAAACCUAUUACAUUGAAGCCAGGUGAGGAAUGGACUGGCCGUUUGGAACUAUCCAUCCUCCCCUCGAGUUAACGACCCAACCCAACCCGACCUGACCCAACCCGUAAGGUCAUGUAAAGAAGAAAGGAUCGAGCCUGGUCGAGAUCCCGGUAAAGCCAUUGAAGUUUAUAAAUGGUGUAUAUGGUAGGUAAGUAAUUAUGUGGUUUGUUCUAAUCAAAUUACUGAACUGUGAUAUACUAUAGUUGUCACAUACAUGUA